ACGCGUGCGCGCUCGCAGAAAGCCGCGUCAUCGGCAAUCCGAAAAUGAGUUGUUGUUGCAAAGUCGGUCGCUUUAUUACUGUGACAGUCAUGUCAUGCCUUGUAGUUUGUUAAUGUCUGUUUCUAAGUUUGUGCCUGAGUCUAUAGAGUCGAACAACUGUAGCCGGUAAACCUUGCAAGACGAUCACGGGGAGGUGCUGGGCAGGUAACCGAUCACCGGAGGCUUUGAAGAUUGUGCAGUGUUACUGUUACAACUGAGGAUGGCUGGCGGGAUAACAGAAACUGGAGAACUGUACUCUCCCUAUGUAGGCCUGGUGUACAUGUUCAAUCUGAUCGUUGGGACAGGUGCGCUGACGAUGCCGAAAGCCUUUGCCACCGCUGGCUGGGUGGUCAGCCUUAUUCUCAUCACAUUUCUGGGGUUCAUGAGUUAUGUAACAACAACAUUUGUGAUUGAAGCCAUGGCCGCUGCGAAUGCACAUUUGCGCUGGAAGAGGAGACAGCAGCAGAAGUUAGAUGACAGUGAUUCCCCGUUGGAUGAUUCCGAUGAUGAAGUGAUGAUCAGGGAUAGAUUUGAUCGAUCAGAGACCCACCCCAUCCUCUCCGUCCAGCGAGGUAGCUCUGAUGAUCACUUUGACAUUGUGGAACGGGUUGAGAUGGGUCAGAUGGCCUCCAUGUUCUUUAACAAAGUGGGUGUCAACAUGUUUUACAUCUGCAUUAUUGUCUACCUCUAUGGAGACCUGGCGAUCUACGCAGCUGCUGUACCCGUUUCACUGAUGGAGGUGGCAUGUGGCAACCAUUCCUGUAGUGCUGGGAAUAAUAUCAACUACAAUGACACAGAUCAAUGCUGGGGACCAGUCAAGCGCAAGGACGCCUACAGGAUAUUUCUGAGUGUGUUUACCCUUCUCCUGGGUCCUUUCACCUUCUUCAAUGCUCAGAAAACAAAGUAUCUACAGAUCAUAACAUCACUCAUGAGGUGGAUAGCUUUCACCAUCAUGAUCAUCCUGGCGCUGCUGCGCAUCGGGAAGGGGCAGGGCGAGGGGCACCCCCCGGCUGCCAAGAUGAUGGGGAUCCCCAAUUUGUUUGGCGUGUGCGUCUACUCUUUCAUGUGCCAGCACUCCCUGCCCUCGCUCAUCACGCCCAUCUCCAACAAGAAGAAGGUCAGUGUGCUGCUCCUGCUCGACUACGUCCUCAUUCUGGCCUUCUACAGCUUGCUCUCCUUCACCGCCAUUUUCUGCUUCAACAACUCCUUCCUGAAGGACAUGUACACCCUCAACUUCACCGACAACUGUGAUGUCAUCGAUGUGGCUUUUCUGCGCUACUUCCUGGGGCUCUUCCCCGUCUUCACCAUCAGCACCAACUUCCCUAUCAUCGCAGUUACGCUGUGCAACAACUGGAAGACCCUAUUCCACCGUGAGGGCGGAACCUACCCCUGGGUGGUGGACCGUGUGGUGUUUCCUCUCAUCACCCUCGUCCCCCCCAUCAUCGUGGCCUUCUGCACCCAUGACCUGGAGACUCUGGUGGGGGUCACAGGCGCGUACGCUGGCACGGGGAUCCAGUACAUUAUCCCCGCUUGCCUGGUCGUCUUCAGCCGCAAGGACCUGGGCCUGAUCUUCGGGGACAGGGUCCUCAACAAGCAUCGCUCUCCCUUCCACCACACCUUCUGGGUCUGGUUCAUUCUACUCUGGUCCGUCUCCUGCUUGAUGUUUGUCACCGCGAACAUCAUCCUGACUGAAACUAAGCACUGAACCCGUGGGUUCCAUCUGACGGACUUCUGCAAAACUCAACAGAAGCCUUAAUGAAUGGUCUUUACAAACAAAAGAUAUUCUACAGACUUACAUUUUGAAGCCAGUAUGGUAAUAUUAAUAGCAGGGACCACAAAUCCAGUCUAGUCUAGAGUACUAGUUUGUUAAAGGUUAAUUGUUAAGGGAAUUUGUACUGGUAAUGAUGCUGCAAUUGGCCAGAUUAGUGGCUCACCAAAGCAUUGCGCUCACUUAACUGGUCUUUCUACAGCUUUGCACUAUCCUCUCUUAAAGACUUUUAUAUAAUCUCUGUGUCAAUAUUCUGUCCUGUAUUGAACUUCACCUAUAAGGCUAAUAAUCCUGGGAGCAUGCUAAUGUAUCUUAAAUGUUUUCCAUUUGAAAAGCAGGUUUGGCAAGACAAGGACCUGCAUCUCUAAUCAAAUUGCUGAUUUUCUUCCAGCUCAAGGUAUGAAGCGUGCACAUCUAGUCAUGUAUAGAUAUCAAAAUUAUAGUUUUGAAAGAACUCUGUUUCAGCAAAAAAAAUUGUUCCAAUAAAACAUGGAAAUAUAUUGUAAUGGUCCAAUCAUGAUUUUUGUAUUGUGCAGUUUCGGUGCAUGCUUGAAAACCUAAACAAGUGUUUUGUGAAGCUAUAAUGGGGUUAAAUUGAAAUCAGUUAACCAGUAUGUAAAGGAAAAUGAGGCUUUAGUUGAAACCAUAAAAGAAAAGACUGAAAUUGUAUGCAAGCACUUCACAGUUGUAAUUCCCGCAAGAAGUUAGUGUACAGUGUGCAUGUAUAGGAUCUGUUUCCAGGAGUUCUGUUUGCAAUGAGACCUGAGUUUUCUUUCUUCAACGCCACUAGACAAACAUCUGCACUUCUACACAGUUAGACUUUUUAUAAUUCUGAUUCUGCAUGAUAGAUGUGUGUUAUAUGAGUGCUAAAAAACGGAAUUCAGCAAUUUUUAUCAAUUAUUAUAAAGAACCUAAAUAAAGCCCUGGACCAAAUCAAAAGUAAAAAAUGAAAAAUGGAAGCCCUACUCAUAAUGAACAACAGUGAACUUGUACUUUGAAUGAAAAUGUUUGGCUUCAAAGUGUAAAUGUGCCUUUCCUGGAAAAUUCCUCUUUUCCCAUAAAGUGACGCUUUGCUGCAGCU